GCGAACGGAACGCAGUGUCCGUCGUAUAGAUCGCUGGCUGGCUGUCUGGCUGAAAAUAGUGAACGAAGUAUGAGUUUUCGAAUAUGUUCGAUUAAAAAGUGAAGUGAAUUAGUGAGUGACUGUCAUCCAGCAAGAUGGUUGAUGACGUGAAUAUUGCGGAAACCGCUGAAAGUAAAGCGUCUGCAGAAGCUCUAGACAGAGCCAGAUUAGCCCGAGAAAGACGCGAAGCGGAACAAAGGAAGCGGCUCGAUGAGCUGCGAGCACACGCAGCGGCCGCGCAAGCGCAGCGCGAGAAGCGAGACGAGGAGCGACGGAAGAGGCAGGCCGAGCAGAGAGCGAGGGAUGACGACAGGAGGGUGCAGGUAGAAGAACGCAAACGUGCGAUAUGGGAGGCUUCAGUAUCGCGACGCGAAGCGUUGCUGCAACGGGAGCGCGAGCGCACGGAGCGUCUAGAGCGCGCGCGUGCUUCACGCUCGUCCCCCCGCUCCGCGUUCGCCUUCGGAUCAUCCACCCCCCGCCUCCUCGAACCGAUCGACUCAGCGGGAUUCUUCUGGGCCGCGCGCAGUACCAACCCCAUUGAUCAGAUGAACUUUUUUGAGUCACUGGCGGCAUCAACAACAAAUGUGAUGUUCGCGUCUGCGCCGCUCACGAGGCGCGCGUCCGCGCUGCAUCUCGACUCAGACAUUGAUAACAAAGACGAACCCGACCGACAGCCACCCGUAGCCAUGUGGUCGAGUGUGGCGCGGCGCCGCACCGAUCUCGUGCCCACGCUGCCCGCGCCGCGCGCCCCAGGUAGAGCCUACUCCAUGACGCGGCUCGACAAGCUGCCGUCGCGUCCCCUCUCCGGCUCGCCCUCCAUGCACCACCUCAACAGGACCCAGCCGCGGUCGGGCGACACGACGCCGGGCUCGCGGCCGUGCAGCGCGCUGUCGGCCGCGCCGCCGCCGCCCGCGCUGCGCGCCCGGCCCGCCCGCCGCCCGCGCCCCGCCUCCAUCGCCGGCACCGGCGUCAACACGCCCCGAGGCGGGCUGGACACGAGCAGCCCGAGCGCGGCCACGACGCCGUCGGUGUCGCGCGACAGCACGGUGAUGGCGGCCGCCGUGCCGCGCCGCGCGCACACCACGCCGCGCCGCCCGCGCCCCGUCUCGCUGCACGUCUCGCGGCCAGCAGUGGCAGCCACCACGCCCACUGCGCCGGGCGAAGGCAAGCCGCCCUUGCACAGAAAGCCAAAGCCCUCCAAAGAGCAUGCCAACCGCAAGUCCACGUCCGCGUCGCCCGGCCGCGCGCUCUCGCCUUCGCCCCACCACUCGAAGGAGCCUAGCCAGGACAAAGAUGUUGUCAAGCAAAAGCCGAGUGAUAAGAAUCACGUCAACGCGCACGAAGUGAGUCAAAAGCUGGAAGCGUUACAGAUACAUAAUGGAAAUGAAAUUGCCAGACAGCCACUACACGAUAAGGUUAAUGAAAACAAAGAAAACCAGAAUAUAAACAUAGUCAAUCCACCGGUUGCGGUAAAUAAAGUAGAAGAGGCCAAGCCUGAAAUAGUAGAAGUAAAGAAGCCAGUCGAAGUGCAGAAAGUAGAUGAUAACAAACAAAUUGUAGAAGAAAAUAAAGAAAUUGUAGAACAAAAAGUAGAAAAAGUCGAGGAGAAAGUAGAAAAAGUAGAGCAAAUAAUUGAAAAGCCCGAGGAAAAGAAAGAAAUUGUUGUAGAAAAGAAAGUAGAAGAAAAGAAAGAAAAGUCGGAAGAGAAAAAAGUUGAAGAAAAGAAAGAACCGUCCCAAGAAAAGGCUGAAGAAAACGAGAUGACUGCAUCUAUGAUUUCGCGACGCAUCACAACGGAGGAGGAAGCCAAGGCCGCGCUGGCCGAGCGCCGCCGCCGCGCCCGCGAGGAGCUGGAGCGGCAGGCCGAGCUCGAGCGGCAGAGACUGCAACGCGAAGCCGAGGAGGAGGCCGAAAGGCAACGCCUUGAUGAGGAGCGGCAGCGGCGCGAAGAGGAGGAGGCCAAAGAGCUGGCGCGCCUGCAGCGUGCCGAGCAAGAGGAGAAACUUAGGAAAGCCAUCGAGGCGCAACAGCAACUAGAGCGCUCGGAGGCCGAGCGCAAAGCGCGCGAGGAGGCCGAGCGAGCGGCGCGCGUGGUCGAGGAGAACGAGAAGCGGCGCCAGGCCGAGGAGGCCGAGCGUCUCCGCCGCGAGGAGCUCGAGCGCACCGAGCGCGAGCGCGUGGCGCGCCGCCAGCGCGUCGAGGCCAUCAUGGCGCGCACGCGCCUCAGGAAGGUAGGCACACGUAGGGCCGAGGAGGCCGAGCGUCUCCGCCGCGAGGAGCUCGAGCGCACCGAGCGCGAGCGCGUGGCGCGCCGCCAGCGCGUCGAGGCCAUCAUGGCGCGCACCCGCCUCAGGAAGGCCGAGGAGGCCGAGCGUCUGCGCCGCGAGGAGCUCGAGCGCACCGAGCGCGAGCGCGUGGCGCGCCGCCAGCGCGUCGAGGCCAUCAUGGCGCGCACGCGCCUCAGGAAGACCGACACCACGCGCCAGGCCGAGGAGGCCGAGCGUCUCCGCCGCGAGGAGCUCGAGCGCACCGAGCGCGAGCGCGUGGCGCGCCGCCAGCGCGUCGAGGCCAUCAUGGCGCGCACCCGCCUCAGGAAGGCCGAAGAAGAUAAGAAGCAACAAGAAGAGAAAGAGCAGCCGACGGCCAAGAGCGCAUCAAACGACAACGCCAACAACGCGUUGGCGGCGCCCACCAACAACGGCAACGCCAACAGCAUGGCGCACAUCUCCGCCUCCUUCCUGCAGGGCGAGCGCGGCGCCGAACUCGCCCAGAAGCAAGCGGCCGACGCCUUCGACGACGACUUUUCCACGCACAACGGCCACGGCGCCGCCGCACGACCACACCCGCUCACGCUGCAGAACGCCAUCUAGGGCCCCGACCGAACAAACCGAACUAAUCGUUCGCCUGACAACGUCCACGAACGACUUAUCGCGGAUUAAGCUCUAUUUUUA